AUGGGAUUCAUGCAGCGAGUAGCAGAAACUGAUGCUGAGAUUAAAACAGCACAAACUUUAUUCAAUGGCCAAAGAAUGGAGAAGCAGGAACCUAGUUUGCAGAUCAACUUCUCAAUCCAGUUCAGGUGGAGACACCAAAUAUAUAGACGGUUCAAGGUAAAAGAGAGGGAAUUGGAAAGAGGGGGAGGAAUAUUCGUGAGUUAUCCAAGGACAGCACUCGUUUAUGGAAUUUUCCAGGCUCAGAUACUGGAGUGGAUAGCCAUUCCAUUCCCCAGGGGAUCCUCCCAACCCAAGGAUUGA